UGAGCUUCUCCCCAGCCCCUCGGGCAUCGCUGAUCCAUCCCGAGCGGCGUGCGAACCACAUCACUCGUCGCCUUCCCGCUGACACAUGACGUUUUCCGCGCGGGAAGCACGCCCAGGCUAAUCUCCCCUCUUCCUCCAUCCGCUCACCCAUGAACGCGACAGAGACUCAGACAGAGACGCAGACGCAGACGCCCGCGCCCUCGGUUCGCGAGAGCACCCUCGCCGACGAGCCGCACACCUCUCACACCCCGCACACGCCCCCCGUCACGCGCGAUUUCGGAUUCCUGCCGAUCCCGGAGAGGCUGCGAUAUGUCGAGGGAAAAGUGUUCGAGUUCGGGCUGCUGAUGAACAUCGCGCUGGGGUUUAUGAGCACUUUCACGAUGGCCAACCUGAGCUACUGUCAACCGUUGCUCAUCAACUUGGCCGAGACAUUCGGGGUAUCGUACUCAAAAGUAUCCCAAGUGCCGACUCUCUUGCAAGCUGGAUACGCUGUUGGUGUCGUCUUCAUUUCACCCGUGGGUGAUAUUACGCGACGGCGGCCACUUCUGCUGCUACUCAUGACCAUAUCCACUCUGCUCACAAUCGGUCUCGCUAUCACGGCGAACUUUGUCGCAUUCGAGGUCCUCUCGUUCUUCGUCGGCAUGACCUCGAUCAUCACCGCGAUGCUCCAGCCGCUCGCUGCCGACCUCGCACCGCCGCACCGACGCGCCAGGGCCAUCUCCGUGAUCGUAUCGGGGCUGCUGCUCGGCGUGCUCAUCUCGCGCGUGCUUGCGGGGGUGUUUGGCCAGCUGGCGACCUGGCGCGCGACGUACUACUUCGCCGUCGGGAUCCAGGCGCUCGCGGUGCUCAUCGCGUACUUCUUCAUCCCCGACUGCCCGCCGUCGAUACGCGGGCAGAGGCUGUCGUAUACGCGCAUCCUGUGGACGAUGGGCAAGUUUGCGGGGACGGAGCCUGCGCUGAUCCAGGCGUGCUUGGUCAAUUUCGCGACGAGUGCGAUGUUCACGAGCUUCUGGGUCACGUUGACGUUCCUGCUUGGCGGGCCGCUGUUCAAUUAUUCGACACUGGACAUCGGGCUGUUCGGGUUCGUUGGGAUGGCUGGAGUGCUUUCUGCGCCACUCACGGGACGGUUCAUCGAUUCUUUCGUCCCGUGGUACCCAACUUUCAUCUCUGUCCUGGCUCUGGGUGCCACGUAUAUCCUGCAAACGGCCGCCGAGGGGCUAAACAUAGGGGCCGUGGUGGUCAUCGCCUUCUCGUUGAACUUGUUCAGACAAAUGAAUCAAUCUGCGUUGGCGACGACGGUUCUCAGCAUAGCUCCCGAAGCGAGAUCUCGCUUCAACGCAGUCAACGUCUUAUCGCUCUUUCUCGGACAAGUAGCCGGCACCGCUGCGGGGACGUCAGUCUACCUGCAGCACGGCUGGCGCAUGACUGGUGUGCUCGCCCUCUCGUUCAGCGUUUGGCAGAUUAUCGUGCUUCUCGCUCGCGGUCCGCACUGCGAGCGUUAUACGUGGUUUGGCUGGCAAGGCGGGUGGCAGAUGCGAAAGACACUUGAUUCCUCUGCAGAAAUACCUGAAAAGUCGGGAGAUCUUGAAAAGAGCAGCGCGGUUGCUGCCAAUGAGUAGCUCAGCUGUAUUAUCAUAGUCACGCAAUGAACUAAUGCCUCACGAAUACCCCCGUUCGGAGUCUUCC